AUGUUUGAGCGCGGAGAGGCACCAGGCAGACCUCCACCUCCCGCUCACCUCCUCCUGUCCUCUGUGUGCCAGCUCCACAACCCUGGCUCCAGACCAUUAGGAGGGGAUAACAAGAGGUAUCUAACGUGUUGGAGUGUCCGGGAGGUCAGUGCGGUGGUGGGGCACUCUGAGGCAACACUAUGCGGAGUCUGUCGGAGGUGUGAGGCUGGGCUGAUGGCUGUGAACACCAUGUCUAACGCUGGAGCUGCCACAUAG